CGCCAAGCACAUGAGCAGCGCACUCUGGCUACUCAGCGCUUGUUGGUGGUGGUGAAUGCGGGCAUGGGGCGAAGAAGACAUUCCCGUGUCAGACCGGGUGGUGUGUGCAGAGCGUUUUGAACCGCCUUCCAGCAGUAGCGUCGCGGCGGCCAGCUUCGCAGCAAGGGGAGACCACUUGGCGGGCCUCGUAUCCUCGGACAGCCAGCAGAGGGCUGCGUCCUUGCGGGCGGUCGAGGCGCUCUUUAAGGGUACUCACGUGGCUCUUGAAGAGCUAGUCUCGCGCGAGCAGGAGUUCAUUGAGGCGCUCCUCGAGUGCGCUGUGCUGGAGGGCCCCAGCGGUAGUGUUCCUGGACUUGUGGGAAGGUGCCUCUGUCGGUAUGGUCUUCGCUUUUCCAGCUUUCGCGCCGUUUGGGAAACGGUGCUGGCCCAUCCGUCCCCCUCGCAGCCGGUCCAGAGGCUGCAAGCGUUUGUGCAAGUAGUGUACGAAAUCGUCAGUGCUGCUGCGGAGUUCCAGGCAUCGAGAGAAACGGGGGCGGCAAGAGAGGAUGCACAGCACGAUGGCGUGCUUGUCGGUCUAGAUGGACAUGCCUCCGACGUCCUGGGCGCGUGCCUGGAGGUGCUGGAGGCCAAGAGCAGUCUCUUGCUGCUUCCUGGAAUGGUGAAGGUCUUCGUGGUGAUCAACGAGUGGGCGCCCGCGGACUUUCACCGCUGCUUCCAAGGCGUCGUCGAACUGAUGCUCGGCGGGACCGUCGAGCCAGCGAUGUCAGGUGAAACUCGAAGCGCCAUACUGGAGAGUUUUUCGUCGUUCAAGACCCACUGGCGCGCAGAAGAGAACAGCGUGUUUGUAGAAGACCUGCAGCGCAGGCUCCUCGCGGACAUCCAUGACAUCACGCUCUCAGCUCCAGCCAGACCUGUAGGGGUGAGCGGCCGCCUCCGUGCGCUCCUGCGCUGCUUCAGCGGCAUCGCCACUGCUUCUGGGAGACUCGGCGAGCUGCACGAUGCUGCCGUGCCGGUGCUCGUGCGAGGUGCCGACUUCUGCAUGCGGCAGCUCCUCGUGGAGCCCGAGGAGGCGGUGGCUGGCCUGCGGACGUGCCUGUGCGUGCACCUGGCGUGCCUGGAGGCGGCUGGCUGCUCCGCGGGUGCCGCGUGCGUGCUGGAAGUGCUUCGGAGCACCACCUUCAGACACCUGAGCGUCACCCCCGACCCCGUGGCACGGUCUCUGGUGUCCAAGAUAUACCUCACGCUGCUCUUGCGCUGCGGGCCAGACGCGGAGCAGCUCGUCGUCGAUGAGCUCAGCAAGGAGCUGAUGGGUUGGCAGCAGCACGAGCUGACAGAGACGGCCCGCUGGCUGGCACCCCCGCCGGAGUCGGCGCCAGGACCCCCGCCACAGAGCCAGCCUCUGGACGAGCGCGCGCUGCACGACUCGGCGGCUGCUCCGCUGCUCGCCUUCCACUUCGGGGUCCUCCGGCACUCGGGGCGCUCGCUCCCCGCUCUGCUCCAGGUGCUCCAGGGGCUCCCGCCCAGCCCCGGCAGCGGCCUGCUCCUCGCGGGGGUCCUGGACGCUGCGCGCCACCGCGCGGAGCCCGGGGCGCUGGAGAGCGUCGGCGCCCCGCUGUGGCGCGUGCUGGGCGGCCUCGAGGGCCGGGCCGCGCGGGGGGCGGUGUGCCGCAGCAGCGCGGCGGUCUGGCGGUGCCUGGGCCGGGAGGCGCAGCUGGCCCUGCUGCAGGGCGGGCUCGCCGCGGCGGGCUCGCUGGACGUGGCGGCGGCCCUGUGCCCCGUCGUCGGCGGCCACGGCCUCGGCGGCGCCGCGCGUGCGGCCGCGGCGGCCUACGUGGCCGCUCUGCAGGGGCGUCUGCCCGAGCUGCUGGACGUCGCUGGCACGGGUGGCGAGGGGAGCGGGGACCAGCUGCGGACGGAGCAGGGGAGCUCUGCGGAGUGGUGCUUGCAGGCACGAGCGAGGCUGCUGGCCUUAGCGAGCGCUGCCGUCCCACCGCCGGGUGGCCUGCCACCCGCGGCGGCCGCAGAGCCAGAGGCUGUCUGCGCGGCACACCUUCGAGGGCUUCUGCCGGCCGCGUCGCCGUUGGGGCCCAGCGCUUUGGUCAGCUUGCUGACUUCCCUGCGCACUCUUGAGAACCAGGCCCACAUAGCCGCUCUGUUCUGGACUUCCACGGCCUCUCCACAAGAUGUCCCUCCAGUGUGCAGGCCGCUCUGGCUGAUGCUGCAGGCUGCGGCUGCCUUCGUGAACCAUCGCCUGAGGUCUUCCUUCGGCUCAGCGUCCUCGUCGCUGCAGUUUCUCGAGACGCUGCUGGUGGAUUCCUCCUCCGCGGUGCGCGAAGGGGUGCAGGGCUUUCUGCACACCUCGCGGCACAGGGGCGUCGCGACGGCGUCCGCCCUGGCGCACCAGCUUGUCGAGAACAGCUACCGCCCCCUGGCGUGUGCCCAGCUCGUGCACGGCCUGGAGCAGCUUGUGCUGCUCGCCAGGGAGCCCGUCCAGGUGCAGCCCGUGCACUCGCAGGCCGAGCUGCACUCCAAGAGCACCUGCCAGUUCUUCGAGGCGAACCACCGCGUGUGCGGGGACUGGUUUCAGCGCAUGCGCGGCGUGCUUCGCCAGACCCUGGCGCAGCACGGCUCUCACGCGGCCCUCUACGCGGUCUCCCUCGCCAGGCUGGGAGACGUGCUGCGGCAGCACGUGCCCGAGGCGGAGAGGAGGGGCCUGCCGCCCUCGCUGCUGCUGCUCGCCUCGCGUCCGCAGCAAUGGCGCCGGAAGUGGGGCGCCCCCGGCGGCAGCAGCGCCGUCCCCGAGCGCGACGAGCUCCCGCUGCUGGCCGGGGAGGUCCCGCCGGAAGGUCCCGCCGCGCAGGACCCCCUGCCGCAGGGCCGCCCCCCCGAGGCCUGCGCGCCAGUGGAGCACGCGCUGGCGCCGCUGCUGUCGAGCGCCCUGGCGCUGCGCAGCGCGGAGCUCUGCCGGGGCGCCCUGGCGCUGCACGGGCACGCGGCGCACCUGCUGGGCGGCGCGGGGCCGCCGCCGUGCCAGGACGCGCUGCUGGCCUUCGCGGGCCAGCGGUACGAGGAGGCGGCGGCGCUGUUCUCGGCGCGGCUGGGCGGCGGGGCCGACGGCGGGCCCUCUGCUGGCGGCGGCGGAAAGACUCCGGCGAUGCAGGCGCUCGUGGCGCGCACGUGGCUCGACGCGGCCGUGCAGUCGCACGACGCGUCUGCGGUGGAGGCGUGGCUUGCAGCGUACGAGGGCUCCCCUCGGGUCUCUGGGGCGCUGCGCGCCUUCGCCACGGCGUACGUGUGCCUGCUGCAGCGGGACUUCGACGGCUGCAGCGAGGCCGUCGGUGCUGCCAAGGAGGGCGCGGUGCAGGACUGGGCUCCGGCGGGGGUGGGCUCCGAGCGUGGGGCGCACGUGCACGAGGCCGUCGCGGGCCUCUCGCGAUGGUCCGACCUGGGCAGCAUCUACCUCGUGGAAGCCUCCAUGGCAGCCCGCAGUCCCUCUGUCGGGUCGCUGGACGUUGCUGGCGGCGCUGACCGAGCCCUGCGGGCACUGGGCGACGCGCGCGUGUGCCUGCAGGCGGACAUUGCGGCUCGCGCGCACAUGGAGCCGUGCCUCUCGCUCCACGGGCCAGACGCCUAUGAGCCCAACUCUGCGACCCUGGAGCUCGUGGCCACCGCAGAGGCGGCCCUGCUGGCCAGCCCCACGGGCGCGCUGGGCCGGGAGCACGGCGCCCAGGCGGGAAGCCUCUCGGAACUCCACUGCGCCGCGGUCUUCGACCUCCCGCUCUUCGACAGCGAGGCCGAUCGGCUCCGCCUUGCCAGGCACUGCGUGCGCCUGCGGAGCUUCAAGCUCGCGGGCAUGCUGCUGGGAGAUGGCGCCGCCGGGGACGGGCGCCGGCAGCCCGGGAGUGCCGCCGAGGGCUCCGUGCAGGUCUCGAUCCACCGGUCCAUGAUCCUCGAGGGCCAGCAGAGGGCGCCCGAGGCGUUCCUCGUGGUUCACGAGGCGCUGUUGUCCUUGCUCGGCAGCGCGGUGCAGAGGCAGAGCUCUGCACGGUCCGCGGCUGCUGCAGAUGCCAUCAAUCCAGGGCUGCCCUGGCUGGGGCCGCUGUUGCUCCAGAUGACAUCAGUCGAGGGUCUGCACGGGUGGUCUGAGAGCAACGGGCCUGCAGUGCUGCUGGCGAGGUACGCGAAGCUGCUCUGCAAUCAUGGCUCAGAGAUCGCGCAGGGCUGGCCACAGGCGGCCAGCGAAAGGUCGCUACCGACGUUCUGCGAGGCCGCUGGUGAGACUGUCCGGCUUCUUGCUGGUAUGCAGGGGGGCAUGGCGGCCUGCCUGUUGGAGAGGAGCCCCUUCGGGCAGGUAGCCGAGAGAGGACACUCCGACCCAGAGAAGGCGCUGGCGGAGGCCCUGUUGGCCGACACGGGCUCCAGCACUCCUGGUUCUGGCCCCGUGAGCCAGCGCUUCCUGGGGUGGCUCUCGCUGCAGGGGUGCCUGCUCUGCCCGUCGAGCGCGAAGCUGUGGGCACGCUACGGCGACUGGCUCUUCUCCCAGCGCGCUGCGGCCAACGCCGCUCGCCUGGACCAGGCGAUCGCGGUGGCGCUGGAGCCGAGCGCCGCGGCCCCCGGCCACGAGGACCUGCGGGUGCUGCGGCGGUGCGUGCGCGAGGCCGUGCGGCGGUGGAUGCGGCCCGCCGCCUCCUUCCGAGACCCGCCGGGCUCCCCCGCCAGGGCGGCGGAGCGAAGGGCGCCCAUCACGCCGGAGUGGCUCGCGGAGCGCACGCGCGUGGGCUCCUGCGGGCUGUGGCAGGGCCUGGGCGCGCAGGAGCAGCAGGCCCUCGCGGCGUCGCUGGCGGAGCUGUGCCGAGGGCUCCUGGACUGGGAGGCGGUCGCGACCGCGGAGUGCGUGCACGCCUACUCGAUGCACCUGAGCCUGGGCGAGACCACCGCGCCGCACCCGAGGAGGCAGCGCACUGUCCUCCGCAUCCUCCGGGUACUGGCGCACCGGCCCGAGGUUUGCGCCUCCGCGCGCGUGCGGGAGCUGCUGCUCGGGGCCGGGCAGGCCCCUCCUCUUGUGCCGACGGGCGUGUGGGAGCCGCUGGUGCCGCAGCUCCUGGCCUACGCCCAGCACCCGACUCGGGAGGUGGCCGCGCUGUCCUUCGAGCUCUUCGCUUCCGUUGCCAGGGCGGCGCCUCACGCGGCCGUGUUCCCCGCGCUGGCCGCGGAGCCCGCGGGGCCGGUCGGCCAGCGGGAGCUCGAGGCCUCGGCGCCGCAGGCGGCGUCGGCCAUGCAGGCGGUGCUGGGCCUGUACCCCGAGCAGCUGCGGGGCAGCGAGCUGUUCGCGCGCACGCUCAACAUGAUGGCCACGCCGGUGGAUGAGAUCUGUGCCCGGCUGCUCCAGUUUGCGGAGACGUUCGUGGUGGCCAGGAGUGGGGCAGCUGCGGUGGACUGCAUGGAGGUGGUGAUCUCCAAGUUCGCCUCUCUGCUGGAGACGCUCGACGCGGCCGUUGGGGAGGACCGAUGCGGCAUCCCCAGCACCAGCGCGGCGGGCUUCGCCGAUCAGCAGGAGUCCAGCCCCGAGGCGGACUCCGACAAGUCCGCAGCGUCCGCGGAGGCGCCAGGGUCAGAGAUGCUCUGCGUCAUGGGGGUGCAGCCCUGCCUCUCGACGCCGUACUCCAGGCGCUUUCUGUCCACACUCCUGCCUGCGCUUCGGCGUAUGGUCUUCCUCCACCGGCCAUACCUCACGGUGCCGCUGACCGACGGCGCCGCCGCUGAGCUGCAGAAGAGCCUGCUCUCACACCUGAGGCUGCUGCUGCGGAUGUGUGCCCAGUUUUGCAGGGUGUCGUUCGUGACCUUGCAGGACCUGGCCCCAGACCUCAUCGAGAUGUUUCAGCCAGGUCCGGACGGCCAGCGACUCGAGGUGGUGCUGCCCAUUCAGGCUGCCCCGUCAGCCACCGACUUGCUGCGGGUGCAGCGGGUGCUGCCGAAGGUCCACAUGCUUUCCACGAAGACCAAGCCCAAGAAGCUCGAAUUCCAGGCGCCAGACGGCACGGACCACGCCUUCCUGCUGAAGGGCAGGGACGACCUGCGGCUGGACGGGCGCAUCAUGCAGCUCCUGCAGGCGAUCAACAGCAUCGUCGCGGCCGACCAGGGCGCCUCACUGGAUGCCGUGCGGGGCCUGCCGGCGCCAGCGGGUCCGCCGAUUCAGCUGAGAUGCCGCGAUUACGGGGUGGUGCCGAUCGCCCCGAGGGCCGGGAUCAUCCGGUGGGUCUCGGCCGUUCCGCUGUUCGUCAUCCACCGGCAGCGCCGGCACUUUGUUCAGGAGCAGCAGGCGGAGCGGGACGGGGGAGGCCAGCGGCGCCUCCAGGAGUCCUCCGUGGACCUGUGGCACAGGAAGAUGAGGCAGAACCUGCAAGAUGCCGGCGUGGACAUGGACAAGACGCCCCGGAGAUCUUGGCCCACGGAGGCGCUCCAGAAGACGUUCGUGGAGAUGCAGGCGGACAGUCCCACGGACAUCAUCAGCCGCGAGCUCUUCCUCAGCGCCCUGCAUCCGGCUCAGCACUUCCACCGCUGCGCAGCUUACGCGUCCUCGGUGGCUUUGAUGUCGGUGAUCGGCCACCUGAUCGGGUUGGGCGACAGGCACCUGGACAAUCUGCUGCUCGACUUUGCCACCGGCGAGGUCGUCCACGUAGACUACUCCAUCUGUUUCGACCGGGGCCAGCGCUUGCGCGUGCCCGAGCGGGUGCCCUUCAGACUGACCAGGUGCAUGGUGUCAGCUCUCGGGCCGAUGGGGGUCAGCGGCAAGUUCCUGCAGACCAUGGAGGUGGGCCUGGGGCUGCUCCGCGAGUGGCGGGAGCUCGUGCUCUCCCUGUCCGAGCCGUGCUUCUUCCUCGCGCCGGUGAACGACUGGGUGCACCCCAUCUCUUCCCCCUUCAAGGAAGCGAAGGCGGCUGGUGCAUCCAUCCGAAGGCUCUGCAAGACCCUCGCGGCCCUGGAUGGCUGCCUCCCGACGGCCGUCACUCGCGUGACGGACCUUCUCGAGACGUACGUCGUGCAGCGGGAGGUCGUGGACAACGCCCGGGCGAGGCACUCGGGGCUCAAGGUGACCAUGUCCAGGGAGGUCAGGGGCCUCGUGGACCUCGAGCGCCGGAAGGUCGAGGCGGUCGAGCAGGCGCCUCCCCUGGAGCACCGGCUGGAGGAGCUCCGCGCGGAGGAGUGCGCGGUGCAGGACGUCCUCGACAUGAAGAUCUCGCAGCUCCAGUCGCACUCCGCAGGCAGCGUGGCCUCCAGCCUGGACCGGCAGAGGCGCGGCCUGUGCCUGCUGCUGGACCCCCGCGGCGAGGGCCUCGCGGAGGGCGAGGCGGGCCCGGCGGCACAGGCGCACCACGGGCUGCUGCAGCUGCUCGACCUGGACGGGCCCGGCGAGGACCAGGGCACGCCCCUGGGCGAGGCCCUGCGCGCCGGCGCUCGCGCCCUGGGCGGCGGCACGCGGCGCCAGCUGCGGGGCCUCGCCGGCGGCCCGGUGCGGGGCGCCGCGGGGCUGCCGGGUGGCCCGCGGGACACGGUCCUGCCAGAGGAGGGCCAGGACGAGUUGUGCGCCUUCGGCCUCCUCUCCCCCGGCUUGCCGGCGCAGUGGCUCCCGGCAGGCGCCAGCGGGGGCGGCGCGAGUGCUGCUGGGGUUUCGGUCGAAGGCAGCGUCGCGACCCUGCCGUGCACCGCCGAGAGCCUGGCCGGCCUCGUGCCGGCCUGGAGCCGCGAGGCGGCCGCCGAGCGCGCGCUUCGUGCGCUCCGCGCCGAGCUCGGCGCCCUCGACGUCGCCGCAGCGCCUGGAGGCCUGGACGGCGCCCGAGGGCGCGCUGGGCGCGCUGCGCGCCGAGGAGCUCGCGGCCGCGCACGCGGAGGCCGAGGACGCGCUGCGGGGCGACGUGGGCAGGGCGCCGCUGCUCCAGGGCGCGGCCGCCGUGGGGGGGCGCGCCUCCGGCGUGGCCCGGAGGAGGCUCGCUGCCGUGGUGUUCGCGUGCAGCUGCGAGGUGGCGGACGUCCUCCAGGAGAGGUGCGCCAGCUCAGCCGCAGCAAGACAUCGGAGUUCUCCGUCUCCGCGUGCGUGUCUCAGGCCAUGGACCUCGGCUACCCCGGCGCCACGCAGGCGCCGAACGCCCAGGCCCAGGAGAUCUUCCUGGGGGUGCCCCUGCACGGCCGUCUCGCGUGCCUCUGCGCCCGCGUGUCGCAGGUGGUCCAGAUCCUGCUCCAGGCCAACGUGAUCGACUUCAGCCACAGCCUCGCGGUGCUCGCGCACCACUGGGAGGAGGUCGCACAGCUCGUGCUCGACGCCGAGGCGGCGGCGGUGGCGGCCUCGGCGGCGCGCUUGCACGCCGUCGACCUCGCAGGCCGGCUGCCGGGGUCCGUCGCGGACCUCACCAGGGAGGCGGCCGAGGCGGCCGAGAUGAGUGCCUCUGCACGCGCAGCAGACGAGGGCGCGUCGGGGGCCCAGGGCGUCGGCGCCGCUGGCGUGGAAAGCGGGAUUGAGCACUGGCCCGCGCUGGAGCUGAGCACCAAGGGCUCGCAGGCUGUGAAGAAGGGCAAGCCCAAGACGGCCACUGCGGCAGGGGCUCACCAGGCAGACUCGCGCGCUUCCGUUGAGAAGCUGUGCCACGAGCUCCACCUAUCGCAAGACAGGCUCCGGACCACUCUACAUCCGAGCACACUGAGCCACCGCGCGGGCACCGAGGAACAUUGUGCGACCCUGCUGGGCCUCCCGAGGCUCUGCGCAGAUUUCGGUGCGUGGGCGGGCUCGCUGAUGCAGAUGAGGAAAGAGGGCGAGAUCCUCGCCGGCAAAGCCCUGCGGAUCAUGGAGAUGCCGAGUGGGGCCGCACGCGAUGGCGCGGCGGAGCAGUUCGGCCGCGAGGUGUCCAGCUUGCAGAGCAGGUGCUCGGAGGCGAUGUCCGCCACGGACGCGGCCCUCGAGCUCCACGCAGACGUGUCCCUGGCACCGACCGUGCGCAGGAUGGCGGAGGAGAUCGGCGAGGCCGUCCGCAUCCUCGACGAGACCUCGGAGGCCGUCCGCGGCGCGAAGCCGCAGAGCCGGGGCUGGGCCGAGGCGGAGGCCCCGCUCCGGGAGGGCUUCUGCACGCCCGGGGUGCUGCCAGCGCCCCUCUGCGAGGCGCUGCGGGCGUGCCCCGCGAGGGAGGUCGACAGCGCGUGCCUCGGGGAGGAGCAGGCGGAGGCCCGCCCCGCGCAUGCGGGCCGCCGGGUGCCCGGCCAGCGGGCGCUGGCCGAGCUGAUGACAGCGCGCGCCAGCGUGGACCUGCUGCUGGGGCUGCUGCUGCGGCCGGAGACGCCGGGGCUCGUGUGCGCGGGCGUGGAGCUGGCGAGGCUGGCGUCCUUCUGCCUCCUGCCGUGCCUCGACCAGGUCGCCUCGUACCUCCUCAGCUUCACGCUGGAGCAGCUGCACGGCCUGCAGGACCUCUCGAGCGCAGCGCUCCAGGACAACUCCGUAGCCGGCGUCGUGUCCGCCAUCGGCGCCCUCGGCGUCGACGCCGCGGGCGCGGCGCAGGACAUUCCGCAGCUGUGUGCGAGGCGGGCGCAGCUGCCGCUGCUGCGGCGCAGGCGCGGCCUGGCUCGUGGCGCCCACGAGGCCGCGCGGGCGACCGCAGCUCAGGCGCGGUGGCAGCAUGAGCUGCUGCAGUGGUGCCACCUGGGGAGCUACCUCGCUUUCGAGGCCGCCUGCAGGGAGCCGGCGCAACGGGCCGCCGAGAGCGGCUUGAGGCAGCUCCUGGAGCUGCGCGGCCUCGAGUCCCUGCGCCAGGCGGAGUGCGGGCCGGGGGGCGGCCGCGAGGCGGAGAGCACGGUGUGCCGCCCCGCGCUGGCGGUGGCCGAGCUCCUCGACGCGCAGGCGUCCCUGCGGCAGCGCAUCGACGAGGCCGGCCCGGGCGAGCAGGGCUCUCUGGGCCUCGCCGCCGAGCUCUCCUCGCUCAUCUCGGACGUGGUGUGCCUGUUCGCCGGGAGCCUGGACACGCCGGGCGUGUCCCACGGGGUCUUCAGCCAGUCCUGGACCCGAUCCGCCGCGGCCUCCCUGGGCAAGCUGUCCGAGGCCAAGGCUCGGCAGGAGGAGGUGGGCGCGCAGCUCCGCGAGCUGCGGGCGCCGCUGCGGGGCCCAGCGCGCUGGGACGAGCCCGGCAGCCUGAGCACCUCCACGCUACUGGAGCGGACUCUGCAGGAGAUCUCCCAGGAGGCGGACCAGCUCGACGGCGUUCGUGCCAGGGCCAAGGAGGAGCUCGGGGCCCUGCUGGAGGACCGGCUCGGCUUCUUCGCGACGGCACUUGCGCUGGCGCAGCCCUCGCUGGAGGGCGGCGCCAGGACCCUGCGCUCGAGCGCCUGCGCCGUGGUCAACCCGCUGCUGCGCUUCCGCAGGCUGCUUGAGGGCCGCGCGGAUGCCCAGGAGGACGCGCUGCUCGAGGAGCUGCGCUGCCUGCCAGAGGCCCUCCGCGAGCUGCAGCGGCAGUGCGGUGCGUGGCUGCAGCCGGGCGCCCGCGAGCUGCCGCCGGUGCCACCUCCACCACCGCUGGCCGCGAAAGAGCCCGAGGACGAGGACGAGGACGGCGAGGAGGAGGAGGAGCAGGACGACGAGGAGGAGGAGGCGGCCACCGAGACCGGGAGCACGCCCCCCUCCGACGACGAGGGGCCCGACGCCGCGCUGGAGGGGCCCGACGACGACGGGCCCGAGGACGAGGUGGCCGCAAGGACGGAGUCGAUGGAAGAGGGGCAGCUGGCGCAGGACAAGGAGGAGGUGGACGGGCCACCCGGCGAGCCGGCGAUGGAUGCGAGGCGGCAUUCGCGCACGCCCGAGGUGCACGCGAGCUCGUCGGAGGACGAGGCCUCGACCGAGGAGGCGCCGGACAGGGCGGGCGCGGGGGCGGCCUGGAAGGCCCAGGCGAUGUACGCCGCGAGGAGCAUCUCGCGGAAGAUCCCCAGGGCGAACGUUCGCUUGGACCUCCACGCUGAGGCCCUCGUGGCUGCUGCGACGAGCACGGAGGAUCUGGCGCAGAUGUACGAGGGUUGGACGGCCUGGAUCUGAGCGCACCGUCCCUCCGCGGGCGGCCGGCGGGGGCGCGCCGCAGGCCCCCUCCUCGGCGGCCGCCGGCGUGCCCGCAGCCGCUGUCUCUCUCGGGAGGCGCUCGCCCUCCCCCGCCACGGGGCCCGAGGAGGGCCAGCAGCUGUUAAG